CCCGCCUUCCAAAAGUUCGCGGCCUCGACACACCAGCAAAGUACACCAGAACUCACAAUGGCUGGUCGCUCCAAGAAGAAGGGCACCUCCGGUGCGGCGAAAAACUACAUCACCCGUACUCGCGCCGUGAAGAAGCUGCAGAUUUCGCUGCCAGACUUCAGAAGAUUAUGCAUCUUCAAGGGAAUCUACCCCCGCGAGCCGCGCAACAAGAAGAAGGUCUCCAAGGGCUCCACCGCUGCCACCACCUUCUACUACACCAAGGACAUUCAGUACCUGCUCCAUGAGCCGCUGCUGGCCAAGUUCCGCGAGCACAAGGCCGUCGCAAAGAAGAUUGGCCGCGCCCUCGGUCGCGGCGAGUCUGGCGAUGCCGCGCGCCUGGAGAAGAACCUGAUGCCCAAGGUCAAGCUCGACCACAUCAUCAAGGAGCGCUACCCGACCUUCGUCGACGCCCUCCGCGACCUCGACGACGCCCUCUCCAUGCUCUUCCUGUUCGCCAACCUGCCUUCCAGCGAGCACAUCCCCGCCAAGACCAUCGCCCUCUGCCAGCGCCUCACCCGCGAGUUCGAGCACUACGUGAUCACCUCCCACGCCCUGCGCAAGUCCUUCCUGUCGAUCAAGGGUAUCUACUACCAGGCCACAAUCCAGGGCCAGGACAUCCUGUGGCUCGUCCCAUACCGGUUCGUGCAGCGCACUGGUGGAGACAUUGAUUUCAGGAUCAUGGGCACAUUCGUCGAGUUCUACACCACACUGCUCGGCUUUGUCAACUACCGCCUCUACACCUCCGUCGGCCUCGUAUACCCUCCCAAGUUCAACGCCAAGAGCGACGAACAGGGUGGUGAGCUUGCGGCCUUCCAACUGGAGGGCAAGGGCAUCAACGCGAACGGUGCCACCAACGGCGAGGACGAGGACGCCGAGAUCAACCCAGAGGCACAGGCUAUCGCAGACAGGAUUGCGGCUGAAGGUGAUGUCGACGAGGAGAUUGUCGACGCAAUUGUUGCUGCUGCCGACGACGACGAAGAGCAGGCCACCGAGGGCAUUGAUACGUUCGUGCCCACUGCACAGGACGGCGAUGUCCUGCCCCAGCCCCAAGCCAGCCGCGCCGAAGCUGGUGCCCUCUUCUCACCCUUCACAUUCUACCUCUCGCGCGAGACUCCUCGUGCAUCCCUUGAGUUCAUCCUCCGAGCCUUUGGCUGCAAGCGCGUAGGCUGGGACUCGAUCCUCGGCGAUGGCGCCUUCACAACCAACGAGUCUGACCCCUCCAUCACCCACCAGAUCAUCGAUCGUCCGACCCUUGCUAACGGCGCCGCCGCCCCUGUUUCUAACGAUUCGGAAGAUGGCGCACCGAAGGCUCAAUGGCCGCGCUCCAUGAUGCCCGGCCGCACAUACGUCCAGCCCCAAUGGGUAUGGGACUCGAUCAACCAGGGCAAGCUGCUCCGCCCUGAUCUCUACAGCCCCGGUGCCGAGCUCCCUCCCCAUCUGAGCCCCUGGGUCAAGCCCAAGAAGGGCGAGUACGACCCCAACCUGCCGCUGGCAGCGCAGCAGCCCGAGGGCGAAGCCGAGGCGUUCGAAGACGAGGGCGACGAGGAGACAUUCGACCCCAAGGAAGACGAUGAGGACAUGGACGCCAUUGUCGACCGCGACGGCUCCGUCGAGGUUGGCGAAGGCAUGGACGUCGACGGCGAUGAUGACGACGAUGACUCUGACGCAUCCUCUUCUGACGACGCUGCACCGGCCGACGACGACGACGAGUCCGACGCCGAGUCCGACAUCUCCGACGGCGAAGCCGCCCGCCUCCAGCACCAGGCCGAGCUCGAAGCCGAAGCCACAGGCAAACCGCUCAAGAAGGUGGCCCCGACCAAGAAGGAGCAGAACGCCGCCAUCAGGAAGAAGGCAGACAAGGCGCGCAAGGCCGAGGACGAGGAGCGCGAGCGCCAGAAGAUGAUGCUCAGCAACAAGAAGAGGAAGCUGCUCAAGCGCAUCGAGUACGGCGCGAACAAGCGCGACACAGAGGCCGAGGGCCUGAGGCGGAAGAGGGCGAAGCUCGAGAAGGCUAAGGCGGCCGCUGAGGCUAUCUAGACCGGUUCAUACCACUAAAAGGAAGGCGUUUGGGAGUUGCUGGUCCUGCAGACCAUGGGUACUGGAGAUAGUCUGUUGAAUCUAUAUGCAUUCUUGAG